AUGCGCAACUCGAUAGACUUUACCGUUAUUGACAACUUACGUGCUUCAGCAUCUCAAGGCCAACAUGCCCAUGUCAUUCAGCAGACCUUCGCCAUUGGCAACGAAUUACAGAAUCUUCAACUCCAUCUACUCGACUUGCGAGCACGAUCGUAUGUUGCUUGUGCCCAAUUCACCAACGCCUUGGAAACGGCAAGUACAAUGCAAGAAAUGAAUCCAGCAUCAGCACUGGGCUAUUUGUGUCAAGGGUACAUCCAUAUGCAACAAGGACGGUACGUUGCAGCACUCCACGUGUAUGACAAAGCACUCGAGAGUGUUGAUAAGCAUGAUCCAUUGUAUGGGUCCAUCGAGACGGCCAAAGGCGUUGCCAUGCAACAAGCUCUUAUCGUCCAUAAUAUUCUCAUUCACCAGGAAUUUGCUCAGCAACGGGAAUACGUCAUGGUAUCAUCGGCGUGGUGGCACCGUAUCAUGGCAUCCAACCAACUUGAAUACAGCAUACAAGCACAUGUUCCCAUUAAUGAAACCAAUGGCAUGGUGAUUGAAUCUUUCAGCUAUACGCGAUCACUUACACUCGAGUUAUGGAAACAUCCAUUGGGACCCCUCUUUGAGAAUUAUCGUUUUACACGCUUGACAACAUUGGCAUUAUACGAUACGUAUCGAGCUGCAUCGGCGGAUCAUCUUGAUGAAAGCAUUUCAGCAUUGGCGUGUAUUGGUACACAAUUAACGAAACUCGUGAUCUCAAGCGAGGGCCCUCGCCUCUAUCCCAGGAAGAACCAAUCGACAACUCGACUGAGGCAUAUACUCGCAACCUGCCCCAAUCUGGAAUCAUUGUUUUGCGAAGCAGCGAUCGACAUUACAUGUAUCAAGGUGGUUUAUCCAAAACUAAGAGAGCUCCAGCUGUAUGGUGUGAGAGGAGCGGAGGAUGGAGAGCACAAGAUUAUGAUUCGAGACCACCUGCCUGGUUUGAAGACAUUGGAUAUGGCUAUGAGAUUCAGCGCAAGGCCCUUAACGAUGGAUGAUACCUGGUUACCAUGCAUUCGUCAUCUGGCAUAUGGCGAACGAAUAAAGAGGAAGCACCAACAAUUUGAGGACGUGAAGCAAUAUGGACAACAAGGAUUGGCGUCUUUUUCCAUCACUGAUGUUAGACAUGCAUUUAUGCUCGAUGAUAUUGGACCACUCAUUAUUCAUCACCAUGCGACGUUGCAAUUCUUGGAGUUUAUGACCAUGUUGGGGACAUCUGAUACAAGGAAGAUGAUGGAUGCCAUGAACAAGGAUUGCCAUAUUGAAUUCAAGCAACUGAAAAGAUUACAGGCGUAUACGCUUUUCACCCCAUUCGGAACAGAAACGCUACAACCGUUUUGCAAUUUCAUCGAAUGGGUCAUCGAGCGUUCUCCUUACUUGCACACGGUGGCAUUAAAGGGGUACACUAUGAAUCGAUCUUCUUUGAGGGCCUUGGCCAAAUGUAUGCAUCUACGCCAUGUGGAUUUUGAAAUUCAUAACACUCGACGGCCAGGAGAUUAUGAUGCACUUGUAGCAGAAUUCCUGAGAGACCAUGUGGAUUAUAUGCUUGAUAAAGGGGGAUCACAUUUGGAAUCCAUCAACGUACACCUGUAUGAAGUACACCCCAUGCUCAUCACCGCCAUACGAGAAUUGAAAUGUUUGACCAGCUUCCAUCUAAACACCAACGAUUUUGAAUCAGGGUCAUUUACACAACUAUUUAUGUCAUUACGCCAAGGUUGCCAAGGGCUGAGGAAGCUGUUUAUCAACAUCAAUGAUGCCAUACCCAACGCCGUGCUCUACCAAAUUAGCGGUUUAUCCAAUCUAGAGACCUUUACAAUGAAUGGUGACUUGUCUGGUGCAGAUGCCGGUGUCUUAAGUCUACAACGUUGUCACCAUCUAAAAAGCAUCAUCCAUGAUCGACCACUUGACGACGAGAUUCGGACCAUGCUCCUCAAAAGUAAUCCACGUUUAGAAAUAUCGUCUUCGUAG